AUAAUAAAGUAAGUCUCAAACAAAAUAAUAAUAAUUUCAAAAAAAAUUGAAUAAGACGAGUGGUUAAACGUUACAAGCAAAAACUCAAAAUCCCUUGUAACAGGGGACGGAGGGAGUAAUUAAUGUAGUUACACCUACGCUGCAUCGAUGAUCACUGUAGUCUGUAUCCUAACAGUGUCUAAACUCUGAAGAAAACCUCGCCAUGGAGCUCUUUUCUGCAAUCCUCGGUGACCUCACUAGCAGGUCCAUCUCCUACGUCAUGGACAGAUACUGCAGCAACCAGCCGGCGGCGAUCGACGACGGCGUACGGCAGCUGCGCCGGCUGCUUCUACGGACACACACCAUCGUCGAGGAGGCAGAAGGGAGGCAUAUCACCAACCAAGGGAUGCUCCCGCAGCUCAAGGCCAUGAGAGACGAGCUGUUCAGAGGCCACUACGUCCUCGACACCUUCAGACACCGGGCUGAUCUCCUCCAGAAAGAGGAGGAGAAAGAAGAUGAACAGGUGAGAAGCUCGUUUGCAAUGUCAAGGCUCAAUCCUGCCAAGCGAAUCCGUUUCUCUCGUGCUAGAACUAGUAGCUUUCAGGAUUUGGAGUCCAUGAUUCGUAGCCUGGAAGACGCCAUUGCUGACACAAAGGAGUUCAUCGUGUUUCUGAUGAGCUGCCCUCCGGUUAUGUACCGGCAACCUUUCAGCACGCAUCUUUAUCUGGACAAGUGUAUGUUCAGCCGUCAGAUCGAGCGAGAACAAGUCAUCGAUUUCUUGCUGCGGAUUGAUCCUGAUCCUCAUGGUAGUUGUAAUGACAUAGGUGUUCUUCCGAUCAUUGGUCCCGCGUUAAUCGGGAAGAGCACACUGAUUGAGCAUGUCUGCAGAGAUGAGAGGGUGAAGAGCCACUUCUCUCUGAUCUUGUUCUACAAUGGAGACGAGCUGAAGCAUGAGACAGUGGCCACUUUCAGAGACAGAUGUAUCAUCAAAUACAUGGAAGGAGCUGUAUUACUCCUCCGAAAACCGCAUUCCCCGUGGAAGCAAGAUCAUAAUCACAAGCCGAUCAGAGGUACGACAGGUGCUCUUAGGCUGAAAUGCCUGCCAACUGAAGCCUACUGGUACUACUUCAAGGUGUUUGUGUUUGGAAGUGCAGAUCCUGAUGAGCAUCCAAAGUUGACAUCAAUAGCUAUGGAGAUUGCAGCAGAGCUGAGAAGAUCUCUAUUUUGUGCUCAUGUUGUUGGUGCCUUGCUAAGGGUUCAUCUUGACGCCCAUUUCUGGCGCAGGGUUCUUGAAGGCACCAGAGAGUACAUGCAGAAGAAUCUUAUCUUGGCAAGCGAAUACCCUCAUGAUCUGAAGACGGACAAGAACCAUCCUCGAUACGCUUGGAUAAUUAGUGAACCAAAGCCUAUCAAAUCCCUUCUAAUCUACGACAGUUACCAGAAAGGUUCUGAAAACGCUGAGGUUCCAAAUAUUACAAUUCAGGAUCUGCUGUUUGGAGAAGCUUCAGGUCGGGGGAAAUUUGAUAUCUUGCUCUGGAAAUCUCAAAUGCCACCAUACUGUAGCCACAUCUGCAGCUGUGUUGUCUAG